GCCACUCGGGCCUCGCGACCAUGGAGCGGCAGCAGCAGCAGCGGGGAGCGGAGUGAGGAGACGGUGGGGGAGGGUCACGUGUGUACACAGUGUAGAGCUCAGCAGCACUCCAGCAGUAGUAAUGCCUGUAACGGUCGGCCCCCUUUCAGAUCCAGCCUCGUCCGAAAAGUUGAUAGAUGCGAAGCGAAACAACUGAAAUCCACUAAAACGUGUUUUUUCCCCUCCCGCUGUUUUACUUUUCACGAGCGCAAGUCUUUUUUUUUUUCCAUACCCAAAUGAAACGACUGAGAAAUGCCAGUGGAAAUGCUACAUCAAAACCCAAUGCCUCCCUAGGGUUGUCACCGAUCCAAGCCUAUACGUUUGUGGUGAGUUCUCUUCUCGUUUCCAUUGUUUCAUCUCGACAAAUGCGAAAGGUAUCGGUCUCUGGCUUUCACCUGAAAGUGGGAAGAAGUGAAUUUGCACCGCUGGGGAUGACUAGAUGCGAGAGUGAGUAGUCGCAGUUGUGCCAACAAAGAAAGGGGGUGGAAUAAAUAAUGGUAAAGUCGUGACAGCUAUCCUCGCUUUCAUCUGCCUGGUCAAGUGUAAUGACACGGCGUGAAGAAAAAUAAAUAAACCCCCCCCCUCCAACUCCAUUAGCUGAUGUUUUCUUAGCUUUAUUCAGCUUCAGAAGUUCCACAAUUUUAGCGACGGGCUUGUAUUUGGAAAACAACACCUGACGAGGAGGUUUCUCACGGGAUCAGCUUUCUGAGGUGCAGGGGAGAAAAAAAGUUGUAUCAUUUUGAUCAAAAGGCCUCUCAGUCGACCUGUUGAGAGUGCUUGAUCCGUGUCAGAGCCCAGCGAUGUGGAUCUGCAUGGUUUACAAUGAGACGGACACCAGCGUGGACUUCCGGCUCUGCCGGGACUUUGGCCUCAUCCUGUCAAUCCUCUCCCUCAUCUACCUCCUGGUGUGUUUCCCACUGGGCCUGUGCUACAAUGUGCUGCUGGUCGUGGUCAACCUCUCAAACAAGGUGUCCAUGACCAUGCCCGAUGUCUAUUUUGUCAACAUGGCCAUUGCGGGUCUCGUGCUCAACCUGGUGGCGCCCGUGGAGCUGCUGAGCUCCACCUUCACCCGCUGGCAUGUGUGGGAGUAUAACAAUGAGGUUUACAUCACCCUACUCAUCCUCUUCAACAUCUCAUCUCUGGUUAUCAUGUAUUCCACCACGCUGCUCAGUCUGGACUACUACAUAGAGCGCGCGCUGCCUCGCACGUACAUGUCGAGUGUGUAUAACACCAAACACGUGUGCGGGUUUAUCUGGGGCGGCGCAGUGCUCACGAGCUUCUCCUCGCUGCUCUUCUAUGUGUGCAACCACAUCUCCACCAAGAUGGUCGAAUGCUCCAAAAUGCAGAACAAGGAGGCAGCGGACUCGAUCAUGAUGUUCAUCGGCUACGUGGUGCCCGCCCUGGCUGUGCUUUAUGCUUUUGUGCUCAUUCUGCGCAUCAGGAAGGAAUCUACACCAUUGGAUCAGGACUCUGCUCGCUUGGACCCUUCCAUACACAGGUUGCUGCUAGCUUCAGUCUGUGUGCAGUUCGUACUGUGGACUCCGUACUACAUGACUCUUUUAGUACAUACUGUAGUUGUUGCACCAGGAUACAUUAGCAGUGCACGUUACUUACCUAUCUAUUAUUUCUUGAGAUGCGUAUCUAAACUGUUGGCGUUCUCCAGCAGCUUUGCAAUGCCUCUUAUGUACAGGCAGAUGAACAAAAACUUCUCCAACAAGCUCCAGCGGCUGCUCAGGAGGCUGCAUUGCAGAGACCAGUCCUGCCCUCGUGAACGCUCAACAGUGCAGCAAGUGGUGACGUGAGAUCCCCCGCCCCCCUUGCUUGCAUUUUCCACUUCUCGGCCUAGCCAGCACUUAUCUCCCCUCUAUAGCGCCAGUAUCUGACGGGGAUCUCUCACAACCCCGGACUGUUUUGAGAGCGACGUAGCUAACUCUGGAAUUUCCUGUCACCUUCCCGGAUUUUAAUCUGUUCUAUCUAGGUCUGCAAUGAGGGGACAAUGGAAACAAAAACCACUAAGUGCUGGGUUUUUUUUGUUUGUUUGUUUAUUUUUAAUACAUUUCUCCAACAAGAAACUCAGGCUUCUAGUUUAAGGGUAGUAAAUUGGGAACAAUCAUCCAAUAACUACCGAGGACAGAGUUUCACAACAAAAAAAUCCAGUUUUUCCGCGUCCUCCUUUGGGAGUGGGUGUGGUUUUUGUGCCUACAUUUCACCUCUAACACACAAGCAGAUCCAAUAAGCUAUAAAAGUUUAAUUAUCAAAUGCAGCCAAGUUACUUAGUUUUUUAACAGAACCCUCUCCACCCCUGCAAUGAUGGUGGCUGGUAUACCCAUAAGCAACCACCACUAAUGAACGGUGUGCGUGCCAGUGGAAAUCACUGUUUACCGCCCUCAAACUAUAAGCCUCGGCCACUUCUUUUUUUUAUUUGAACUCAGUUUUCCUUCUGCUUUAAUUUGUUUUGAUUAUCAGAUUAAAUAAUCUUCACAUGUUGAAGCUGGAGUACAAUAUUAAGUUUGUCUUGGACACCAACACUACCCUGUGGCUAGAACUAAGUACUGAUAUUAAGAUAUGUUCCCAUUUUAAUUUCAAAGAUUGUAUUCUGAAGUUUUGAUCCACUCAAACAUACAAAGAGAUUAUUUUUACGUCUGUCAAGCUCCACUAUAUAUAUACAGACACACACACAUCUACACCACUUUGAAAUCACACAGAACUAAAUGGAACACUCACGUAAAGCUUGUAUUCAGGGUUCAGACAUAACCAGUAUACCUCGUGUGAUCUCUGCUGAUUAUAACCUUACCUGAUAACCACAAACAGUUUGAAAUCCACUCAUUAAGCUGCGCUGACAGCCAGUGUUCUGUUAACUUUUGAUCUAUUUCUGCAGGAAUUAUCCACCCAGAGCCUCACUUAGGGUCAGUGAACCCCCACACAGGGUCACAGAGAGAGCCCUGAGGGGUUGUCAUGCACAGGCCACAAGACUCAUGACUGGCUGUGAAGUUUUUGCACACUAACAGUAUCAAAAACCUUCUUAAACAUAUGAAAAGCCCACUUGAUAAGCACCUAGAAGCAGUGUGUACAAUACAGAAGAGUUUGAACUUUAAUGCUGCUCACAUGCACAUUAUUAUCAAAGCUGCUUUGCUUCCUUGCCUGCCAUGGUAAACAGUGAACAUAACAAUCUGAUGGCGACGAAUCCCAGCUAUCAGAAUUAAAAACACGUUCUAGCAUUCGGUCUGCUGUUUCACUGCAUUAGUUUGCAUAUUGAAUUAAAAGGCCAGUUUGUUAAUCAGCCUGUGAAAUGAUACACCAGCAAGGUGGGGCGUCCACUCGAAGUUAAAUGGAGACGGGCGCGCUCUGAUAUGAAUCGUAUGUUUGUAUUCAGUUUUAAUUUACACCUUCAAGCACACAUUAACUCUGUUAAUGACCCAAAGCUGAGCUGAAAUGUUUGAAGUAUUUGGGCGAGUGCGCUUUUGCUGUAAAAUGUGAAGGAAUGCCAGAUGUACUAACAGGUUUGGCCCUUUUUUUUCUGUCAAGAUUAUAACAAAGUCACAUACACACUCUCUCUAUUUUUCCAAGCAUUUCAUGCGCUGCCCUCGUUACAUGCAUAUGGAUUCGGUCACUGGGAAAUAGUAUUCACCUAAAAUGCAUCAUGUGCUGCCCCACAAAAUCCUUGAAUGGAUGGUUUUUGGCACAGUUAAUCAUUAUUUGCUCUCAGUUCAGUGUCCUAAUGUGAACUGAGCAUUUAGGAAUGAAGAGCAAACACUGGACUGAAUUUCUAGAAAUUUCAUAGAAAUUGCUACGUUUUGUAAUUAUAAGUUCAUUCCUCCGAAAAACGUACUUAAAUUGAUUUUAUGCAGUUCAUGUGAUAUACUACCAACUGCAUGUAAGUGUUAUGAAAAGAUAUCCAAACAGAGGGUGCUCAUAAUUAAUCUUUUUCAGCAUAAGUUCUGAAGCUGCACCAAACGACACUAAGAGAGUGACAAUCAUGUAGAGAUUCCAGUAGCUAAAUAAAUGCACUGUUUUGCUUCAAAAUACCAUCGAGUUUUUCUGGAUUGCUUGAAGAUGAUGUGUGCAUGUGCUGCCUAACUUUGCCUGAUCAGUUUUCUUUAACCACUGCUGCAAUUUCAUCCAUUAGUCUGUUUUUUUAAAAAUGUUUUUUAACUAUCCAACCCCAAUCCCUUGGCAGAAUUAAUGAUCAGCGGUCACUACAUGGAGUGAUUGCGUGAUGUUCACAACUAGAAACUAAAGCGUGAUCAAAGCUCAAAUCACACCUAACUCAGAUGGCUGCUCGUGUCUGAGAAUGGUUUAUUAUUUCAGAGGUGGCCAAAACCUCGCGUCGGCGCAAAGAAACAGCCCUAAGAGGUCUUGUAUGUUGAACGAGUACAGAUACAUUUUAGUUAUUUGAACAACCAAACCUCAAACAUCCAGAUGAAUCCACAUUCAGAUGUUAUGCUUUUGUGACUGUGUAUACAAAUGUAUAUGUAUAGUACAAAAUGAUUUGUAUAUAUUGUAUGUAAAAAUCUUGCAGGAGGACACCAUGCUCUUUGAAAAACUACAGUAUUAUUUUCUGAGAGAUAUAUUUAGAUUCUGUAAGUACUCUACUGUCAGCUGAGUCAAAGACUGAUUAAACAAUAAACUAAAAUGGAUAUAACCGCUCCUUCCUGUCUCAGUGAAAUCUUACCAUUCGUGUGGUCAUGUGAACAAUGUCUCUGUUUGUCAGAUGUUUGUAUUAUUUUUAAAUAGUGAACAUGUUUGUGUUUUGAAUCCAUAGAUCUGAGCUUACGUGGAUGUUGGCUAAUUUAAAGUCAUCUUGAGAUGUUGGUUAUUGGUGGACUGGUGGUGCAUAUGCAUGUGAGCUGUUCAUUAGUGACACUAAUCUCAGUAGUACCCCUGAUUAGAUGAUGGGAUGAGUGAAUCAGCUCUGAUGUAGGCAUUUAUAUACUCACUGGCCACUUUAUUAAUUACACUUUGCUUGUACCACCACAAUCUGCCUUCAUUCUUGACAGUAAAGAUUCAACGAGAUGUUUUCAUGUUGUUUAUGACACAUUUUUAAACUACCAUCUUAAUGUUACAGCAAAGAUAGAGGCUCGUCUUAUUUUCGUGAGCCUGUGUAAAAGCCUCAGUGCACUUUUAUAGCUGACCAGACUGACACCUGGGAUGGUCUUCCCCUGUAGCCCAUUAUGUGGGACAACAUGUUGUGCAUUCAGAUUCUUUUUUUUUUUUUGCCUUCCUGUCUGGAUAGCUUGUUUUUUUUUCCAGACCAGUUUCUAUAAACCCGAGAGAUUUUUUUACUGGAAAAUCCCAGUAAAUCACUCGUCUCCAUUCGGAUGCUCAGUGUGGACUUCAGCAGGUUGUUUUCACCACUUCCACAUACCUUAAUGCACUGAGUUGCUGUCAUAUGAUUGGCUGAUUAUUGGUUAAUACUUGCAGUAACAGUUGAACAUGUGUAUCCAGAUGAAGCGGCUGGUGAGUGUAAAGUAGAAUGCUUAAAAACUACACGUUUUAAUGAUGAAGGCUGCAUAGAGUGAAAAGCAUUGUUUUUUGUUUUCUUUUUUAAGGAAGACUGAGUGCAUGUCUGCAACUUAAUCCCACAGACCUUUAUCAGAUCUGGGAGGGGACUGUGAAAGUUGUGUAGGUUGUCCUGUAUUUCUAAGCUGCAGUGAAAGCGAUUGUGAACAAUGCCACAGCUCCCUUCCUGCUUACCACAUGGCUAACACCACAUCUUUUGUGGAGGGACCCUUUAACCAGGACACACAGGCUGGGGAAAAUAGCAGCAUUCCCAACAUUCUGUGGGUCUGACAGUCCGAGGCUGCUGCUAUUCUCUGUCACAAAACAAUGUUGUGUAGGCAUCUAAUAACAAUGCCCUCCACACUAGAGCUGCGCCUCUGUCUGCAAGUAAGAGCUAGAAGUGUGUGAGUUAGCAGGAUCACACUGUAAACAGCCAACUUUUCAGUUAAAUCUGAACAGGCUGAAGUAAUCGGUUAUGAUGUUCAUAUUACAGUUAGGAAGCAGUUACACUGUAUUGCACAACAGUGUGUGGAUUAAUAAUACCUGAGAGACCAAAAUAUAGAGGCAAACAUAAGAUCUCCAGUGGGAAGAGGAGGGGGUCUUGAAUCAUGUGCACUGCAUCUGGAAAUGAUAUGAUAAUGAAGUGAAAAAACAUGGUUGUCAUGGCUGCUGUUUCCACCUCUGAGGAUUGAACUUUCUCGGAGCUUUUUAACUCAAAAAGCACAAACCAUCACUCAUCAGUUACUGAGUUUGUCAGUUGUUUGUCACUCUUAAAGAGCAGGAAACUCGUCAUGCACGCAGGGAUUAUUAUUCAUAUGUGUUGUUAUCAUCGAGCUGAUUACAAAAGGGUAAUUGGACAUGUUGACAAGCCCACAUGAUUAUGUCCAAAGAAACAUAUAAACCGCGUACAACCCAAACAACUGCACACCAACUAAAAGCCCUCAAGGAACUAUGCAGCAACAUGUUGCACUUGAUACCAACUCCCCCAGGCCUGCAGGUGCAUUAAGGAAAGCAUAUAGAAGAUAUUUUCCAAUAAUGUCAAACGACUUUUUUUGCCAUAUACUGUAAAGUUACACAUACACAUUAUCUGGUAUGGAUUAUCUGCUUGGAAUAAAAGCAAAGCGUGAAGUGUGAAGUGUGUCAGGUUACAAGUUUCACACUUUCGUCCUUAUUUUGCUAAGUGCACCAGGAAAAGCUCUUAAGUGUACCAGCAUGUGUCUGGAAAUGGAGUAAUGCUGACAUAGCACAGAUUUCGUAAUGUGCUACAUUAGUCUUAAUGUUGUUUUUCUCCUUUAAAGGUUCAGCCAGACCAGGAAGUAUGAGGGUCGGCUUCGGUCUUACACACAGUAUCAGAGACCACCUAUGAAGAUGGAGAAUUUGGCUUGCGGUUUAAAAUGUUUUAUCUGGCACUCGUCCACAUUUCACACACAAACCUUAACCCACCGCUGUUUUUUUCUUAAUGUGGAUGAAAACUGGGCUAUAUAAUGUAAAGGCAGGAGCAAGACCAAACAGGUUACAGUUCUCAUGCAGGUAUCUCACGCUGGGAUCAGAAAAAGGGGAAGAAGUGGCGUCAAAUCCUGAAUUCCUAGAGCAACCAAGCCACAAGAAAGAGAGAGCAAAAGUGUCUGACUGCAGGCAGGAAAACCCUCCACAUGAUAGUAAAAGAAU